UCCGGGCGACAGCUUUCCUCCUUGUGGCCGCGACCUCGCCAGGCUAGAGAGACUGCCGCGCGCCGCGGGAGCGGAGCGAUGGGUCUGCUCUCAGAGCUGAAGCUGACAGUGCCCUGGGGCCACAUUGCUGCCAAAGCCUGGGGCUCCCUGCAGGGCCCCCCAGUUCUGUGCCUGCAUGGCUGGCUGGACAAUGCCAACUCCUUCGAUAGACUCAUCCCUCUCCUCCCACAAGACUUCUAUUACGUUGCCAUGGAUUUCGGAGGUCAUGGGCUCUCAUCCCAUUACAGCCCAGGUGUCCCGUAUUACCACCAAAACUUUGUGAAUGAGGUCCGGCGAGUCGUGGCAGCCUUGAAAUGGAGCCGUUUCUCUCUCAUGGGCCACAGUUUUGGAGGCACUGUAGGCGGCAUGUUUUCCUGCACCUUCCCCGAGAUGGUGGAUGAACUUAUCUUGUUGGACGCGUCGCCGUUUGCCAUGGACAUUAAUGAGAUGGAGAACUUGCUGACCUACAAGCGGAGAGCCAUAGAGCACGUGCUGCAGGUGGAGACCUCCCAGAAGCCCUCGCAUGUGGUCAGCCCAGAGGAGAUGCUGCAGGGGUUCCUGAAGAACAACAGCCAUGUGGGUGAGGAGUGCGGGAAACUCCUCCUGCAGAGAGGAACCACCCCGGAGGCCACAGGUCUGGUGCUGAACAGAGACCGGAGGAUCACCUGGCCGGAGUACAGCUUUGACUUCAUCAGCAGGGAGCUGUUCACGCACUCCAUCCAGCAGCUGCAGGCCCGCGUCCUACUUGUCAAAGCAGCACAAGGAUACAGUGAUGUGAGACGGGAGAAUGAUGCCAACAGGGAGCCGCUGAUGUUUAUGCUGGACAUGAUGAGAUCCAUCCUAAAAGAGGGUGACUCUCCGUAGAGACCAGCAAAGGGCCCUUCAGGGUCAAGGCGGCCGACACUCCACUUGGCUUCUGGAACACCACGUAGGCUACCUGGAAUCCCUGGGGGAAGAGAGAGGUCCGAGUGGGGGAGCCCUACCCACACCAGCGCAAGUUCCCACACCUGCCCUCACCUAACCUGCUGCUGGGCCACGGAAGAGUUUAGGUGGGGGACAGUCACACUCUCAGUUACCCAACUGCUGCUGAAAGGGAGACUCAUUCCCAGCUCUUCCCCCAAGGACAGGGGAUACACAGGGGACAUUUCUUCCAGUUUCAGAAAGGAGUCAGUGAAAAGUGGGUUCAACCUUAGGGCAGGCUCGUGGAAGCCAGGCCCAGAGAGGAAAGGACAGGGCACUCAACCGGUCAGACUCCCCUGUGCUGGGAGAAGGCGUCAGGUCCAGGCACUUGGGAAAACAUGGAAGGCAUAGUGCUCCUGGAGACCAAGCCCUGGCCUGAGGAGGACUCUACCUCAGGGAGAAGCAAGCAGGGAGCCCAGGGGGCCUGCAGGAGAGUGCAGAGAUGGUCCCCAAGCUCUAACAUGGAGAAUAGAAACCACCAGGCAGGAAGUCCAAAGAUGUUGCACAGCUGGCUCCUAGACCAACUGGAACUAUGGAGGUUGGGAAUGUCUACUAUAGGACAUGCUCUCAGAGUCCCACUGCCAACCUCCGCACCUACAUACACACCACCAUCCCCUACACAAGGGACACUAAUUGCCCCCGCCCCGCCUUGUGCUGCCAUUCCAGUGGAACCUGGAACUUGAAGGCCUACCGGAAUGGGCAUAGGGUGAAAAAACUUCGACUUGGGUUCCUUUGCACUCUCAGCAAGGUCCGGCUUCUCCUGCAACUCCACAGACUGGACAGUGCCACAAGGGGACAGCAGACGAGUCAGGCAUUCCUGCCACGGCCAGAGGGAAGCACAGGAUGAACAUUCACAGGGCUUUCCCCAGAGCCUCCCUACACCUGGGUGGCACAGUCACAUCCUUUAAAAAGGGAUCCCAAAGGACCAAUAGCCCAAGUCUACCCAACCGAGAAAGCCAGGGUGCCAUGUCCUCUGAACAGUUCCCACAUAGACAACUGGGAUGUAGAUAUUCCCAACCUCCAUAAUAAAAGAGGUGGGGACACUCCUGAUAUUAUUCUUCUAAGACAAUUAAGUUAAAUAAAGAGUCAAAUUUAGGGUCUAUGAA